ACCUGCAUUCGUUGGAAGAGGAAGGGUAGAGUGGAAAAUCUGUGUGCGUUGGCCGAGCACUGCAAACUAUUUAGUAUUUUGUUGUGGUUAAAAAAAUACGAAAAAUAUCGAAAAUACAAACAAAAUAUGUAUAAAUAAAAACAAUAACGUAUUGAAUGUGUUAUUUUUGAGGAAAUAUAAAAAUAAUAGUGUUUUUGCUGCAACAAAUUUGUGAUUCAGUGGUUGUUGCUGUAUGUCAUAUGGAAACAUUUAAUAAACAUCAGCUGGCAAUGGCUAAAGAGUGGGCUAUUGAAAAAUUAAACUUAGCGGAAUGUGAGGACCUAACAUCAUCACUAGACACUCUUUCAUUCUACACAUUUUCUUCACUGCCCUUGGAAAUACUCUAUAAAAUAUUCGACAUAUGUGACCUGAAAGAUUUAUUAAGUUUGUCUAAAGUUUGUAGACAAUUUCGUCAGGUUAUAUCUCAAAUAUUACAACAACGAUAUCGAUAUUUUAUUUAUAAUUAUUUAACAUUUAAAUUCACACAAAAUCUCAAUGAUCAAGAAAUAUCGGAACUGUGUUACUUGAGUGGCUCAACUGUGGAACGUUUAAGGUUCUCAACCUAUUUCAAUAUGGAUUUGCUAAAACAUAUCGAAUGGAAGAUGGGUUGUAAUCCCAUGGAAAAUUUAAAAUUUUUCAUAAAUGACAAUUUUAAACAAAAUCUCAAAUAUUUUCCCUCCCUCAAGGAGUUGGAAGUUCAGGGGAAAUUCAUACAAGAUCAAACUAUAAUGGAGUUGGCCAAAAGAUGUAAAGAGUUGCACAGCAUACGUCUCUUGGAUGGUGAUAAUCGUUGGCUGUGGGGUGAAUAUUUGGCUGAUUUGGAAAAUAUUGAAAAUUUGGAAUUGAAAUGUUGCCGUAAUUUGGAUCCAAAUCAUUUGUUGGCAUUGGUACAAAAGCGACGCCUUAAAUCGUUAAAUAUUGUGGAAUGUGAACAUUUGAAGGAUAUACCUAAAAUGCAAAAUCUUUGUAAGAAUUUAACAAAUCUACAUACAUUGCGAUUGACCGCCUUUACCCAGGAUCCGAAAUUUUUAAAAGCAAUUCUAAAUUUACCAGCUCUCAAAUGUUUACAAUUCUUUUGGAUUAAUUUCAUGCCAUUGAAUUUUGAGGAAAAUUUCUUCACGGAACUUGCACAAAAUCCCGAUAAAGCCCAGAGUUUAUCGCGUCUGAAAUUCGAAAAUGAUCGGUAUUAUAUUGAAGAUGAAACACUGCAACAAUGGACGGAUGAAAAGUAUGCCAUAAUGCGUGAGAAUGUUUGCAUCAAUGGCCAGGCAUGGCAGUGGUCUGAGGAGGUGUUUGAAAAAAUUUCACAAACUUUGGAACAUUUUUCCAAUCUGGCCAGCUUGAAAUUUCAUUAUUGUCGUUUGCUAAACUACGAUCAGUUGGAGAAAUUGCCCCAAUUAUUGAUUGGGUUAAAGGAUAUCCAUAUAUAUGGCUCUCCUCGUAAAGAUGAUGCUCAAUUCAAGAGUCAAUGGUUGGAGGAGGCCAAAAUCAGGUCGGAUUGCCAUUUGAGAUUCGAGAGUUUUUUAAGUCUUAAGGAAGCUUUGAGUCUUCAAGACGAAGCCAGUUCUCGCCAGUUUUCAUCCUACUAUCGUCGUGAGCCUGUCAUGCGUAGUAUUGAGUGUCAAUUUUAGCUAAUGGAUGUCAAUAAAAGAAAAUGUUUUUGUA